AUGGGAUAGUACACAAACGCUUCAGACCGUCCACUUCGCAAAAGACGGCGCCGCUGAGCGCGCACUCGUCGCUCGCGCAGAUCAACAAGAGGAGGCUGGAGUUCGGGGUGGAUGUAGAGUCGUUCAGGGUGGCCGACCGGAGAGUGGAGCGCAACAGCAGCGAGGGCUCGAUGGACGAGGAGGAAGUGGCCGGCAAGCGCAGGCGACGUCUCUUAGACGACGAACGCCGGGAAGAUGAUCUCCGACGCCGCACCCUUCCUUUCCGACCAGCUCCUACCCGAAAUGAUGACGACGAAACAAUACUAAGAGAAACGCAGGCAGCUCUAAAAACACUUUCCGGCAGCUGGUCUAGAGAACAACCCCAAAACUACAGCGGCGACGAAAACGACGACGCUAACGGCUUCGAAAACCUCUUCGAAGAAAAACAAUCGCACAAAAUGCUUCCGUCUUCCCCCUCCCCGUCUUCCGACAGCGCAGACGGCUCACAUAAGAGCUUCACGCGGCGUCACAGAAAAGAAGACCAAAGUAGAAAUUGUUCCAUAGAAAAUGAAGUACACAUAAAGAAAGUCGCACGCUCAGAGCGCGACAAAAGUGACGAUGAGUAUGAAAAACACGGAAAAUAUUCCAAUCACUACGAUGCGCCAAAUUUUGAUGAGCUAGUGGAUUCGUCUUCCAACGAACUUGAAAUAGAUAUGUCUGACCGGCAUGACGAUAAGUAUGAUGACAGAGAAACUAAGCCAAAACGUAAGAGUGAGACUAUGUCUGUCAAUAAGCAGUCUUUAUACAACGCUUACAAAGCUGCCACAGCAGCGUUGCCGUAUUCGACGCAGUCCGCGUUCAAGCCACCCGCGGAGGUGAAACAUCGCCUACACGGAACGACGUUUCCCAGCGAACCCUUCGGAGGGUAUUCUAACGAGCAUGAUAAGAGCUCCGCCGGGAAGGGCUCGAAGCAGUACACGGUGUUGCAACCUGCAGGUGCCGGGUCCCGCGCAGCAACAGCCCUGCAAGAGGCGCGGACGGUUCCCUCCGCCACGCCGACGCGCGACUCCAGGCCGCUCGCCGCGCUCUCCCCGCCGGUCAACAGAGAAGGCAACAAGUGUCCCACGCCCGGCUGCAAUGGGCAGGGCCACGUCACCGGUCUCUACACACACCACAGGAGUCUGUCAGGAUGUCCAAGAAAGGAUAAAGUUACACCGGAGAUAUUGGCGUUGCACGAGACGAUCUUGAAGUGCCCCACGCCGGGGUGCAACGGGCGCGGCCACGUCAGCUCCAACCGGAGUACCCACCGCUCGCUGUCCGGCUGUCCGACCGCUGCUGCUAGGAAGGCGGCUGCCAGAUCACAGCGUGCUAGACUUACAGGUCUCCCCUCAGUGCCAGCGCCAGCCCCAAUAACGAUCACCAUAGAGAGCACGCCGUCCCGAGACCGGCCCGAAGCGGCGUCGCCGCGCAGCCCCGCCGUGAAGCGCGAGCCCGAGCUGAUCGUGCCUAAGCGCGAGGCCGCCGAGCCCGAGCGCGAGUCUCCCGGCAUGGAGACGCGCCACGCCGGCUACGGCGCGCCGCCCGACCAGAGGUCGCCGUACGAGCGCCCGCCGGAUGACCACGUACGGUCCUAUAGCCAAAUGAACGAAGCGCGGUACGGUUAUGAAUCGCGGUGUUACGAUGGAGUCCCCGCGUUCGAGCGGUACGACCCCGCGCAGUGCCCCCAACGCCCCUACGGCUGGGAGGAGGAGCGGUACCACGACCCCCACCUCCCCACCCCCAUGAAGACUGAUCAGUCCGAGCAGGAGACCAGCUCCGGACCUAUCUACCCCAGACCAAUGUACCACUACGAAGCGAGUAGCGGAGUGGGGGGCGUCGGGGCAGUCACGAUGGGCCCGGGAGUGCCGCCGGGCUUCUCGGCGAUCAACCUGUCGGUGAAGAUCGCGGCGGCGCAGGCUCAGCGGCCGCGCAGCCCGAGCCAGCGAGACCCGCGCGACCCUCGCCCGGCAGACCUUUCCACGUCUAGCGGUAGUCCACAGGGUCCGUACGCGUCGCCCGUGUACACGAGCGCCGGCGCCCGCGGCAGCCCGCAGCCGGGCGCGUCGCCGCAGCUGACCGCCAGCCCCCAGGUCCCGAGCCCUCAGGGGCAGACCCUCGACCUUAGUGUGUCACGUUUACCACAUAGCCGCAGUUUCCCCGGUGGCGUGUCGUACAGCAGGGAGUCUACGCCCGACAGCGGAGGCAGCCAUCCAUAUCUAGAAGCCUACCAUAGAGACGCGGCCGGUUACGGCGGCGUCAGCCCGCACCCAGUCGCCGGCUACGGGCUCGGGCAGCCUGACUACGCGGCGGCGGCAGCAGCGGCCGGCUACGGCGGCUACCAGUACCAGUGCGGCGCGUACCCCCCGCCGCCCGCGUACCCCCCGCAUGCACCACCAUAUUCGCCACCCUGUUACAUGCCCCCGCCGCACGCGCCGCACGACAAGCCGAAGGAUAGCAGUCUUUAUAUGUGCAGCCUGUCGGGAUGUCCGCGUGCCGACCGCUCGCAGCUGCAGCCCCACUCGCAGGAGCUCAAGUGCCCCACGCCCGGCUGCGAUGGCUCCGGACACGUCACCGGGAACUACUCCUCGCAUCGCUCGCUGUCGGGCUGCCCGAGGGCCAACAAGCCCAAGAGCAAGCCCAGGGACGGACAGGACUCCGAGCCACUCAGAUGCCCUAUACCGGGCUGUGAUGGAUCUGGACACGCUACAGGGAAAUUCUUAUCGCAUCGAAGUGCCUCAGGAUGCCCGAUCGCGAACCGCAACAAGAUGCGAGUGCUAGAAAGCGGAGGAACCGUAGAACAACACAAAGCUGCCGUGGCAGCCGCGGCAUCCGCCAUCAAGUUCGAUGGAGUCAAUUGUCCGACUCCUGGCUGUGACGGGUCGGGGCAUAUCAACGGGUCGUUUUUGACGCAUCGCUCGCUAUCGGGGUGCCCUGUCGCGGGCGCCGCUACCCCUACACCUCAACCAAAGAAACCAAAGUACCCUGAUGACAUCACGCCGCUGUAUCCUAAACCAUAUUCAGGAAUGGAGAUGAAUAUGCAGACGGGGAACGGUGAGGAUCUAAUGACCCUCGAGCAAGAGAUUACGGAGCUGCAGCGAGAGAACGCGCGGGUGGAGUCGCAGAUGAUGCGCCUCAAGUCUGACAUCAACGCUAUGGAGACACACCUCAGCCACGGCGAACGGGAGAGCCAGUUGAUAUCGCAACGGAACAACAACCUGACAGACUACUACGAGAGCCUGCGCAACAACGUGAUCACGCUGCUGGGGCACGUGAAGCUGCCGGGCGGCGAGGCGGCGCCGGCGUCGGCCGCGGGCGGCCCGCCGCCGCCGCCCGACAAGCCCGCGCACGACAACUUCGACUCCUACCUCACCAAGCUGCAGACCCUCUGCUCGCCCGACGGCUACUGCCCCGACGAGAACCGUCCUAUCUACGAAACCGUCAAAAAUGCGCUUCAGGACUUCACUGUGCUCCCGACGCCUAUUUAAGGUUCACAGAGCGCCGCCGACUCCGAGCGCCAGUGAGCCAGCGAGCGCUUAUACGACUGAACUGAACUGACUUAGUGCAAUUGAACUAAUGUGCGAUUAGUGUUGUGAUCGGAGCUACGCGCCAAAGAUCGACAGUGUUCGAAUUAAAUCGAUAGAUUAAGUGACGAUUCGUGACCGAAUUGAACUGUGUACAGUGUCGCUCACGCGAGCUAUUCUCGGAUGUGUUCCGCUUAGGUAACUACGAUGUCUGUUCGUUUUGUAAACCGUUGUAUACGAUGACUUCUCGGUGACUUCAUCACGAAGAUUCGCUCUAACUUAAUGAUAAGAUGGACUUAAACAUAAGCUUACAUACAUAAAUGAAUUUUAACCACCGUUACUCGUAUAUGCGUAAAAUAAAUGUAAUUGUUAGGGAAGAAAUUUAUACUAUUGUAUGUAAGCGAUUUUAGCCCCACAAACUCAUAACGAUUUCAAUAAUGUAAAUAUUGUACUUUCAACAAAGAUUAAUUCGUCUAUGAAUACAGGCCGCCGUCAGCGGCCAGGGUUUAGUGAAAAUUAUAAAUAAGCAGACUCAGAUUUUUAUCAUAAACCUAGUAGGUGAUAAGGACAAGUGUUAAAUAUUUGUUUAAGUUCUCACCCUGGGAUGUGCCAAAUGCUUCAGCCGCGGGGCGCCCGCCCGGAUACCUAUCGAACGAAAGGAAAUGAUUAUUCCUUUAAGGACCUUCUAGUCACUUUUUGUAAAUAACAUUGUGAAUAUGUAGUUGUUACGUCGCCAGACGUUUACACUAGGACGUAAGAUCUCAUUAGAUCGGGUAAGUUAAUUCAGUCAUUAAUUGAUAAUUUUAGGACUAAAUUAAUACUUUCUUUGUUAGCCAAUGUUCACUUCACUGUGAUUAUGUUACGUGUUAAGACUUAUUUGUUGUUAUCGACCUUACGGAAUGUGAUAGCUUGUUCUACUCGAGUUAGUUAAUUUGCGAUGUACGUUUAUUUGUGCUUACCAUGUGUGCAAUCAUUGUUUUUCAAUUGUAAGUAGGUGACGUUCUUUACACAAUUAUGUUUAUAAUGCGGAUUCCUCGUUUGUUGUUCUUUAUUUCAUCCAACCACAUUGGUACACUGAAAUCGAUACUACCUACUUAUAUUCGCAUUUAAAUACUAAAACCUAUUACUAUGUUACUACUCUGAUUGUCAUAUACGUUUCUGUAAUAUAUUGAGUAUGUGUUGUUAAAGAGAAUAAAAAUAAUAAAUACCUACCA